AUGCCUCAAUUGCGAUUCCUUUGUCUCCACGGAGCUGGCACAAAUACGGAUAUCCUCCGUUCUCAGCUCGGCGCUUUAUCCCGCGAAUUAAGUAACGACCAGACGGCCGAUUUGCAUUUCCUUGAAGGAGGGGUUGACUCGCCUCCUGGCCCGGGCGUCCUGGGAUACUACGACGGGCCCUACUUCAGUUGGUACAACUGGCCACCGGUACUGGGCAGCUCCGAAGAUGCACAGUCCAUCCGGGAGGCGUACGAGAUGGUUGAUGAAGUGAUAGAGGAAGACGGCCCGUUUGACGGGGUGAUAGGGUUCUCUCAUGGUGGUGCUCUGGCCCAUGGGUUGAUGGUGCGCCACGAACUUCAACGACCGCAUGACCCCCCUCUGUUCCGAUGCGCUAUUUUCUUCAACUCAAUGCCGCCGCUGUUUCGGACAGACAAGGAUGAUGCGAAUGGAGUUGCUGGGCCGUGCAUAAUUUACGAUAAGCUGGCACUUCAGAAUUCGGUAUGCGGUGUGCUUUCGCUACACGUUGUGGGGCAGAAGGAUUUUGCCUACGAGCAUUCCAUGGCGUUGUACAAGGACUGGGAGCCCAAUUCUGCCAUGCUGAUUGUGCAUGAGCGUGGUCAUGUUAUUCCUAGCGACGUGAAGACGGCACGGCUGAUUGCUAAGGAAAUCCGAGAGAUGGCGGCUCGGCUGAUGGGAGUGUAA